CGAUCCCUCGAUCAGACGGACAGUCGGAGGCGGACACCAUUCGCGGCAAGCAAAUUAAAUAAGUGCAUCUCGUCAAGGAUGGGGAAAGAAAAGGAACACAGAAGACAUGCCCACCACCCCACCGCCACAGGAGAACAAGACAAGGAACCCCAAGGCCAGGCUUCAUCAAUAAAAGAGACCUGGCACCCUUCGGCCGAGAGCAGACCUGACGACCCAACCCAGUCAGAGAAGCGGGUGAUUGCCCGGCAGGCCUCCCACGUUUCCAGAAGCGAGAAGCACAAAGACAUCCAAGAUCUGGAGCGGCGCAUGGCCCAGGCUGCCUUGGAAGAGACGCCCGGUGCAGACAAUGGAGAGGGCCUGGAGAAGCCCGAAGACUUUGUUGGAGAGCUGGCAGAGAAGGAGAUGAAGCAUGCCAAGAAAAUUCCCUACUACCUGGCCGAAGACGACGCCAAUAAGCAGGCCGAGGCGGCGCGGGAGAGGGUGGACGAAGCAGAGGCGUGUAUGACAGAGAUCCAGGCUCACAUCAAGGAUCGCAGCGGUGGACUGCAUGAGCGCAUGGGCCAGCUGGCGGCCGAGGAGCGGCGGCUGCUGGGGGCAGCUGCCGCGGCGCUGGAAGCCACCGAGAAGGAGCUGGCAGCUGCCAAGCAGCAGCGCAUGCACAUGGAGGAGGAACGCGACACCGCCAACGACAGGGAGUCUGCCUACGUGUAUGAGACUGAGCAGAUCGCCAAGCAGGUUGACAACGAGUACGAGUCUGCGCUGCGCGCACAGGAGCUGAAGGUGGUCGAGCGGCUGUCGGAGGAGCAUUCCAAGAAGAAGCAGCCGAGCAGGCAGGAGGUGGAGCGCGAGAUCAGGCAGGAGCACGACAUGCUGACUGGAGAGAAGGACGCCCUGGAGGCCGCGCGCAAGCAGGUCGAACGCGCCAAGAUGGAGCAGGUGUACCUGGCGGAGGAGCUGACGCGGAAGCUGGACCGGGCAGACUACGCUAUCAAGGAAGCCGAGCAGAAGCUGGAGCGCAUGCGCGCCGAGUUUGAGCGCCAGCUGGCGGCCGUGCGUUCCGAGGCGGCCGCCGCGCGCCGAGACCUGGAACGCCUCAGGAAGGACGCCGAGCGACAGGAGAAAAGCGCGCACGCCAACCUGUCAUCCUCCAAGAGCCAUUCUGACCGCCGCCAGGCCAAGCCCAAAGGAGGCCAGGCAAAGGGGGCCGGCAGCAAGUCAGGUGGUGGCGCAGGAAGCCCCGCAGGGGGCGCGUACCGCACAGGCAAGAAAGCCGAGGGAGGCAGCAAGGGUGAGCAAGCAAAGCAGGACAAGCCCCAGAUCGACGAGGACGAGCUGAAGUUCCAGGAGGCGGUGCAUUUCUCAGAGCCCACUGCCGACCCGGUCGUGACUGGGCUGGACAUCCUGGACGAAGAUGACCGGACCCCCGGCCUUGACCCAGACAAGAUGGGCGGCCAGACAGCGGGUGCCAAGUCCAUGGAAGCUUCUGUGAGGGCCAAGGAAGCCCAGGAGCAGAUGGCUCAGGAGGCUGAGGAGGCUUACAAGCUGCGCGAGCGCACCAAGCCCACUGCCAAAGGCCACGGCAAGCACUUUGCGACAAGCACAGAACUGGAUCCUGGCCAGGUGAAGAAGGCCGCCAAGCAGACAGCAGCGGAAAGCCUCGAGGCUGCCAAGGAGAAGGCCCAGAAGGCCAAGGAAGUUGCCCAAGACCCCGAGCGCGCCAAGCAAGCUGCGCAUGAGACCGCGCGCCAGACUGCCCAGAAGACCAAGGAGGCCAAGGAGACGGUCAAGGCGAAGGCUCAGGAGACAGCACCAGGUUUGACCCUUGCAUCCACCAACGCACCAUGUGUGACCAGCAAGGCGAGGGAGGUCGCGCACAAGGCAAAUGAGGCGGUCGAGGUGUCUGCACAGACCGUGGAGGACUCGCUGCGCGGAGCCGCCGGUGCCGCCAAAAGCGCUGUUGACAGCAUCCUGGGCAGGCGCCCCGAGGAGUGA